UGCUAAAUAAACUAUAAAAUAAUCAUGAACACUUAUUUUUUUCUUUUCUUUAUACAAUGGAAAUUAUACAAAUUAUGUAUAAUUCCCUAUUUAAAUUGCAAUUAAUUACAGUUUGUGUAAAUUUAAGUGAUUUUUAUCCUACAGAAAAAAUCUAAAAAUGCCACUGAAUCCAAUAGAAAUUGAUAGAACUUCCAAAACGCCCUCUGCACAGUGGAGAGUUGGAUUAGGCUACGUUCGGGUGGAUACUAGAAAUGCUAGAAGUAUUGGAUUGACCAAUUAGGAUAAAAAGAGUGAAGGUUUAUUCUGAUUGGUUAAAGCAAAAGCAGUUAAAACUUCAAGCUUCGAGCGAUAGCGAUUGGCACUCUAUGGGUGAGCAUUUGACCGUUCUAUGGCAUUCCAGAGUGAACUCUUGUACAGAGUUCUCGGAGACGGUAAAAUUUUUGACUACAUAUAAUUGCAAAGUUGUUGAUAGUUAGUAUCAUCAAUAAUUAUUUUGAGGAAGGCAACUUUUCAGAAAUAUUGACGGAUAAACUAAGACAAAAUGCGUAAAAGAGAUUUAUCUUCGAAGCAACUACUACCAGAUUCAUCUUCGCACCAGCAACAAGAACCACAAGAUUUACAGCCAGAUUUACAGCAGCAACAAUCAACAGAUUAUUCAUUUCUUCAGCAGCAAUCAUCAAAUUUAGGUUUAUUAGAGCAAGAUGAAGCAAGGAGUCUACCACAACAAAAUGAGCAAAAUACAUCAAAUAUAGGACAGCAACCAAUAUCAAACUUAUCUUCAAAUCAACAAUCAUCACAUUCAUAUAUAAACAAAAACAAAAAAACAAAAAAAAAAUGGCAGCAGCCAUCAUCACAACUGCAGUCAAAUCAAGCAUGGAAUUCACAACAACAAAAUGUAUCAGGUUUAUAUAUACCUAGUAGACAACAAGGACAUUAUCAAACACAUCAGCAAAAUUCAUAUACAUAUAAUCGAAAUCCAAUAAGAUAUCAAUAUCCACAUAAUUCAGAAUCAAGCCAAAAAGAGAAAUCUUACUCGCAUAGAGUAUUAGAUUCAGAUCAACAAUCCAGAUCAACAAGUCAAUUACAUCAAGCUUCAUGUAGUCACCAUCAAGUAUGUGAUCAACAAUCAGGAUCACAAACAUCACAAAAUCUGUCGAACCGAUCAUCAAAUCUAGUCAAACAAAGUGCAUUGAAACAAAUACAUCCAGCUUCAUUUCAACAACGUAAUUUCUCUCAAUAUGAAAAGAAGAGCCAACAACAAAAAACGAGGGGCCAAUAUCAAAGAGGGCCACAUCAGCAAAAAAUUCAGACUCAAUCACACCAAUAUUUUGAAACAAAAGAGGAUAAACAAGUUGUAGAACAAGACAAUUAUAAAGAAAAUAUUUUAUCUAUGCUAUCUCAACUUACAUUAAAUCAAAAAUGUCAAGAAACAGAGAUUACACAAAAAAUAUCUUCCACAAUGAAAUAUUACCAAACCUAUAUACCAAAAAGGCAAAAUGUUAACAAAGCUGGAACAUUAGGAAUUCCUAUAAGUGUUUUGACAAAUAUGUUUAAAAUUAAGUUUGAUAAAAAUUUUGUAACUGUAGCUACUCAUUAUGAUGUAGAUAUUACGUCUACUAUUUCCACCAAGUUUCCUAAAGCUUUAUAUAGAAAAGUUUUUGAACAAUGUAGAAAAGAACAUUUUAUUAAUAGACAUCCAGCAUUUGAUGGAGCAAAAAAUGCAUACAGUGCAAAAGAUCUUUCUUUUGGCAAUCGUCUGGAAACUGAUAUUAAAAUCCAAGACUGUAAAAAACAAUGUCAUAAAAAAUGUGACAAACAUGUGAAGAUAUUUAAAAUUAUCUUAAACAAAGUAGCUGAUAUCGAUCUUAACUGGAUAAAAAAGUUGCAACCUGGUCUUGAGGCUGACAGAUAUCAAACCAGUAUACAAGCUCUAGAUAUUAUUAUGCGUCAUGAACCUGAGUUCCAACAUAUAAAUAUUGGACGAUCAUUGUUCUGGGAUCUUGAAAAAGAUAAUGAAAAAAAAACUAAUUUAACUGGUGGUUUAAAUUUAGAACGCGGCGGAUUUUUAUCCGCUGUACUUGGUUGGCAAAUGUAUUUAAAUGUAGAUGUUGUUCAUAAAGGAUUUAUCACGCCUCAGAAGGUCUCCGAUUUAUUAACUCAACUUUAUAGAGAAAUGAACAAUAGUGACAACCAUAAUAAAAUUUCUAAAUUUUUGAAGGGUGUAAAAGUGAUUUACACAAUGCCACAAUCUAGUGGUUCAUCUCAUUCGACGCCUCGAAGCCGAACAUAUCAUUUAAAUGGGUUAGGGCCAUCUGCAAAUAAACACAAAUUUCUUUAUGAGGGAUCUAAUAUCACAAUAAAAAAGUAUUUUGAGAAUCGUUACAACUACAGCUUGCGUAAUUCCGAUUUACCUUGUCUUUCAGUAGGCGCACAAGAAAAAGAAACUUAUUUGCCUGCCGAAUUAUGUACUAUUGUGGCUGGUCAGUCUGUUAAAAAGUUGAACAAAACACAAACUUCUAAGAUGAUUACAGUAGCAGCAGAGAAAGCAUUUGAUCGUCGCAAAAGUAUAAAAGAAGCGUUUAAAAAAAUCAAUGUAAAUGAUAGUCUUACCAUGAGGAAAGAAUUUCGAUUGUCUGUCGACACAGAAAUGCAAGAGGUGAAUGCUAGGAUUUUAAAAGCUCCGACAUUAAACUAUGAUAACGCAAAAGUAUUUGUAAGCAAGGGAAAAUGGUUUACACGUAAUAAUUUUGUGCAACCUAUGAAUUUAGGAAGAGAGGAAUGGACUAUUAUCAAUUUAGCAUGUCAGCAACAUGCACAUCAUAAUAUGUGUACCUUUAUGGAAGUUUUAAUAAUGAAUGCGAAUUUUGUUGGUAUGAAGAUAGAAAAGCCUAAUACUGGAAACUUCAAAAGUUUGAACCCGGAAAAUAUAGAAGAAAUUAGAAACUACUUUGCGUGUAAUAAAAAAUUGAAACUGAUAAUAGUAGCCAUACCAAAUUUUCCAGACACAAUAUACAAUAAGAUUAAACAGAUUACCGAGUUGGAACUGGGUGUCUUGACACAGUGUAUAAAAUAUCAGAAUAUUCGUGAAACUAAGACAUCAACAAUAAAAAACAUUCUUCUAAAAAUAAAUGCAAAAUUAAAUGGCAUUAACCAUACACUCGAUACAAUACCAAAAUGUUUUGCUAACUCUUGUAUGCUUGUGGGUGCUGAUGUAACUCAUCCAUCUCAUGAUGCGAAUACACCUUCUAUUGCAGCAGUUACUGCAAGUUGUGAUUCGUUCGGCUUCCAGUAUAAUGUUGUGCUUAAACUUCUACAACCCAACGAAGAAAUAAUCUCAGAUCUUGAAAAAAUAAUAAAAGUUCAACUACUCAUUUAUGAAAAAAUGUCGCAUCUACCAGAAAGAAUCAUCUAUUAUCGAGAUGGAGUUAGCGAAGGACAAUUCCCACAAGUCAUACAUUAUGAAAUACAAGCUAUUAAACGUGCAUGUAUGGUAUAUAAGGCUGAUAUUCAAAUUACUUGUUUAGUUGUUCAAAAGAGACAUCAUGUGCGUUUUUUCCCUAUAAACAAUGAGUUACAUAAUGUGGAAGCGGGCACAAUUGUUGAUACUGAAAUUACUCAUCCAAGUCACAUCGAUUUUUAUCUCGUUUCACAUGAGAGCAUUAAAGGUACUGCAAGGCCUACCAAAUACAGAUGCAUAUGGAACGAAUCUAAUUAUACGGAAGAUGAAAUAGAAGAAUUGACGUAUUAUCUUUGCCAUAUGUAUGCGCGCUGUAUGAAAUCUGUAAGCUAUCCAGCGCCAACUUACUACGCUCAUUUGGCAGCAUAUCGUGGAAAAGUUUUAAUACAAGGACGUGAUUUAGAUAAUUUGGAGGAAGUACAGAAUGAAUUUAAUAAAAAUAUGAUACAUUCACCAAUGUAUUUCGUGUAAAGAAAUUUAUAUAAGAUUACUUUGUAUUCAAAGCUUAACAUAUCUACUUAGUCUUUUUUUUUUAACAAUAAUUUUGUCUUGUUUAUGUAUUUCUAGCUUUUCUAUUUAAAAGUGUGAUAUAACAAAGGAAAAAAGAGGAAAUUGUGAUAUUACAUAUGACUUUAUUUUUCAUAAAAUAAUACAAAAAAGCUGUAAAUAUAUAUAUUUUGGUACUCUUUUUUUUUUGUUGUAUGUGAUUUUACAUUCUUGAAAUAACAAUAUGCAGUAUUUUUAUGUAUAUUAUAACAAUUCAAGUCAUUUAGUUCACAUAUUUGUAUAUGCAUUAAUUAUAAAUCUAUCAUGACAAAAUAUGAAAGAUGAUUUUAAUAUAUAUUUCACAUGUGAAAGGUGAAAGAUGAUUUUAA